CCUAAGGGGCUCUGGGGGGCUGGUGAGGUGAGCAUUUCCAAGGCUGCGUGCUUGUGUGGUGGUGGGGGGACACACGAUGACCUUCUCUUCCUAAGAAAGACCUAAAAGGGAGAGGCAACCCCCAGUGAGAUCCCCCCGGUGCUGAUGAUUUUCAGGGACUUGUUGGCAACUCAGCGAGGGUUGCCAUAGCUUUUUUAUGUAGGGUGACCAGAACCGGCUGAAACUGGUUUGAGGCAGAUCAGCUCCUGAACACAAUGCAGUCACUGAGCUACUACAGUGGGAUAGCAGCUUCCUCCCUUCAUGGCAGCCAAAAGCAGAGGAGCUUGCAGGAAGGUGCCAUCCCAACACAGUAUGUGAAUGCACACUUAGACACCACACAGCACUGGUACGUGACUAAUGGAGCCCUAAAAGAUCCUGUGUAGAGACGAUGGGGAAAAAGGUGCAGGUUUGCAGGGUCUGAGAUUACUUGGGCUUUUGCUGCCUUUUUCUUUUGCUUAAGGGAUGGACAAGGAGCUGAGAUUUAUGACCCUUAUUAAAGAAAAAAAUGUGCCUUGCUAGGGUGGGGACACUUGGUUUAUGCAGUCUCUCUCUCUGUGUUUUUAACAAAACCAAACCAGAAUGAACUGAUGGAUUUGUAAUGGUAGUUUGUUUGUUGCUGAAGAAUGCUACUUUGCAUGCCUUUUUUCUCUUGCAGGGUAUGUUCUGUUUUGUGCUUUUCCUUUUAGAAGCUACUAAAGGGUGUUUGGGAUACUUCUGACUAUUAUGAAGGCCAAAAGGCCUGUUGACUGGGGCUGCUUUUAACCCUUUCAUAUUUGCAGAGAAUGCAACCGUGUGACAGUAACUGAACACUGAUCCAAAGUCUUUCCAAAAGGUCAAGGUUCACAAGUUUUGCUCUGUUGCCCUGACUGAUCUUCAGCCUCUGUGCUCAGCUGAUCCUCCUGCUUCAGCCUUCCAAGUCCUCUGAGAAUCUUGAUUCUACUUUGUAUCUUUGAACUUUCCUCCUCUGGGCACUUCAGGACAUCUGAUCAAAUUCAUGACCAUGGGGGAUAUGAAGACCCCAGACUUUGAUGACCUCCUGGCAGCGUUUGACAUCCCAGAUAUGGUGGAUCCCAAAGCAGCUAUUGAGUCUGGACAUGAUGACCACGAAAGCCACAUUAAGCAGAAUGCUCACGUGGACGAUGACUCUCAUACACCAUCAUCUUCUGAUGUCGGUGUCAGCGUGAUUGUUAAAAACGUUCGGAACAUUGAUUCCUCUGAGGGUGGGGAAAAAGAUGGCCACAAUCCCACGGGCAAUGGCUUGCAUAAUGGGUUUCUCACAGCAUCCUCUCUGGAUGGUUACAGCAAAGAUGGAGCAAAGUCCUUGAAAGGAGAUGGACCUACCUCAGAGAUGACUCUGAAGGACUCAACAUUCAGCCAGUUCAGCCCUAUCUCAAGUGCUGAAGAGUUUGAUGAUGAUGAGAAAAUAGAGGUGGACGACCCUCCCGAUAAGGAGGAUGUGCGUUCAAGUUUCAGAUCAAAUGUAUUGACAGGGUCAGUUCCCCAGCCGGACUAUGAUAAACUAAAGACACUUGGUGGGGAAAAUGCAAGCAAAACUGGAAUCUCUACAGCAGGUAAUGUGGAUAAAAACAAAGUUAAGAGAGAAACAGAAACAAAUUCCAUAAAUCUGAGUGUUUAUGAACCUUUUAAAGUCAGAAAAUCAGAAGAUAAGUUGAAGGAAAACUCUGAAAAGGUGCUUGAAAACAGGGUCCUUGACGGGAAGCUGAACUCCGAGAAGAAUGACACCAGCCUUGCUGGCAUCACAGCAUCUAAGACAAAGUCAGCCUCUAAGCUCUCCUCCUGCAUCGCUGCCAUCGCGGCACUGAGUGCUAAAAAGGCAGCUUCAGACUCCUGCAGAGAACCUGUGGCCAAUUCCAGGGAAUCCUCUCCAUUACCAAAAGAAGUAAAUGACAGUCCACGAGCCACCGACAAGUCUCCUGAGUCCCAGAGUCUCAUCGAUGGCACCAAGAAAGCUUCCUUGAAGCCACCAGAUAGUCCCAGGAGCAUCUCAAGUGAGAACAGCAGCAAAGGCUCCCCAUCCUCUCCUGCAGGAUCUACGCCAGCAAUCCCCAAAGUCCGCAUCAAAACCAUUAAGACGUCUUCAGGGGAGAUCAAGAGAACAGUGACGAGGGUAUUGCCAGAAGUGGAUCUUGACUCUGGGAAGAAGCCUUCUGAACAGACUGCGUCUGUGAUGGCCUCUGUCACAUCCCUUCUGUCAUCUCCAGCAUCAGCAGCUGUUCUGUCCUCUCCCCCUAGGGCACCACUCCAGUCAGCUGUGGUUACCAAUGCAGUUUCUCCUGCAGAGCUGACCCCUAAGCAGGUCACCAUCAAGCCUGUGGCCACUGCUUUCCUGCCUGUGUCUGCUGUCAAGACGGCAGGGUCCCAAGUCAUCAAUUUGAAGCUUGCUAACAACACAACAGUGAAAGCUACAGUCAUAUCUGCUGCCUCUGUUCAGAGUGCUAGCAGUGCCAUCAUUAAAGCCGCCAACGCCAUUCAGCAGCAAACCGUGGUGGUGCCGGCAUCCAGCCUGGCCAAUGCCAAACUUGUGCCAAAGACUGUGCACCUUGCCAACCUUAACCUUCUGCCUCAGGGUGCCCAGGCCACUUCUGAACUCCGCCAAGUGCUAACUAAACCUCAGCAACAAAUAAAGCAGGCAAUAAUCAAUGCAGCGGCCUCACAACCACCCAAAAAGGUGUCUCGAGUGCAAGUGGUGUCGUCCUUGCAGAGUUCUGUGGUGGAAGCUUUCAACAAGGUGCUGAGCAGUGUCAAUCCAGUCCCAGUUUACAUCCCAAACCUCAGUCCUCCCGCCAAUGCAGGGAUCACAAUACCAACCCGUGGGUACAAGUGCUUGGAGUGCGGCGACUCCUUCGCACUGGAAAAGAGCCUGACCCAGCACUACGACAGGCGUAGUGUGCGCAUUGAAGUAACAUGCAACCAUUGUACAAAGAACCUCGUUUUUUACAACAAAUGCAGCCUCCUUUCCCAUGCUCGUGGGCAUAAGGAAAAAGGAGUGGUAAUGCAAUGCUCCCACUUAAUUUUAAAGCCAGUCCCUGCAGAUCAGAUGAUAGUUUCUCCGUCUAGCAAUACUUCCACUUCAUCUCUCACUCUGCAGAGCUCUGUGGGAGCUGGCACACACACUGUUACAAAAAUUCAGUCUGGCAUAACUGGGACAGUCAUAUCAGCUCCUUCAAGCACACCCAUCACCCCAGCCAUGCCCCUAGACGAAGACCCCUCCAAACUCUGUAGACACAGCCUCAAAUGUUUGGAGUGUAACGAAGUCUUCCAGGAUGAGACGUCGCUGGCUACACAUUUCCAGCAGGCUGCAGAUACAAGUGGACAAAAGACUUGCACUGUCUGCCAGAUGCUGCUUCCUAACCAGUGCAGUUAUGCAUCACACCAGAGAAUCCAUCAGCACAAAUCUCCCUACACCUGUCCUGAGUGUGGGGCCAUCUGCAGGUCGGUGCACUUCCAGACCCACGUCACCAAGAACUGUCUGCACUACACGCGGAGAGUUGGUUUUCGAUGUGUGCAUUGCAAUGUUGUGUACUCUGAUGUGGCUGCACUGAAGUCUCACAUUCAAGGCUCUCACUGUGAAGUCUUCUACAAGUGCCCUAUCUGUCCAAUGGCAUUUAAGUCUGCCCCGAGUACACAUUCCCAUGCCUACACUCAGCAUCCUGGCGUCAAGAUAGGAGAACCAAAAAUAAUCUAUAAGUGUUCCAUGUGCGACACUGUGUUCACCCUGCAAACCUUGCUGUACCGCCACUUUGACCAGCACAUUGAAAACCAGAAGGUGUCUGUUUUCAAGUGUCCAGACUGUUCUCUUUUAUAUGCACAGAAGCAACUUAUGAUGGACCAUAUCAAGUCUAUGCAUGGAACAUUGAAAAGUAUCGAAGGGCCUCCCAAUUUGGGCAUAAACUUGCCUUUGAGCAUUAAGCCUGCAACUCAGAAUUCAGCAAACCUCAACAAAGAGGACAACAAGUCCAUCAAUGGGAAAGAGAAAUCGGAAAAGAAGUCUCCAUCUCCUGUGAAAAAGUCAGCAGAAUCCAAGAAGGUGGCCAGUCCCGGCUGGACAUGUUGGGAGUGUGACCGCCUGUUCACACAGAGAGAUGUGUACAUCUCCCACGCACGGAAGGAGCAUGGGAAGCAAAUGAAGAAGCAUCCGUGCCGCCAGUGUGACAAGUCCUUCAGUUCCUCCCACAGCCUGUGCCGCCACAAUAGGAUCAAGCACAAGGGCAUCAGGAAGGUUUACACCUGCUCGCACUGCCCGGACUCCCGGCGGACCUUCACCAAGCGGCUGAUGCUGGAGAAGCACAUCCAGCUGAUGCACGGGAUCAAGGAUCCAGAUGUGAAAGAGAUGACUGAAGCCACCAAUGAGGAGGAAACGGAAAUAAAGGAAGACACCAAGGUCCCAAGUCCCAAGCGAAAGUUGGAAGAACCAGUUUUAGAGUUCAGACCUCCUAGAGGAGCCAUCACUCAACCCCUGAAAAAGCUCAAGAUCAACGUGUUCAAGGUUCACAAGUGCGCCGUGUGCGGCUUCACCACGGAGAACCUGCUGCAGUUCCACGAGCACAUCCCCCAGCACAAGUCAGAUGGCUCUUCCUACCAGUGCCGGGAGUGCGGCCUCUGCUACACGUCCCAUGUCUCCCUGUCCCGGCACCUCUUCAUCGUGCACAAGCUCAAGGAGCCCCAGCCGGUGUCCAAGCAGAACGGGGCCGGCGAGGACAACCAGCAAGAGAACAAGCCCGGCCCCGAGGACGAGGCCCCCGACGGCGCAGCGUCCGACCGGAAGUGCAAGGUGUGUGCAAAGACCUUCGAAACAGAAGCUGCCUUAAACACGCACAUGCGGACACACGGCAUGGCCUUCAUUAAGUCCAAAAGAAUGAGCUCAGCCGAGAAAUAGCCACAGACCUUCCUUAAGGAAAAUCCCUGUCCACAUUGGAAUUAAAAAACAUUUUUGUUACAAAAAGUUUGCAGUAUAAUAGAGUUAACAGUACUGUCUAGGCUGUUGCAAUAUAUUUCCUCUCAGUGUACCCUCCUCACCAGGUCAGAUUAUCUCCUCCAUAAGUAUUAUGACAGUAUUUGAGUUUAAAAGAGUUUGUAUAUAUUUAAAUGAAUAACUUUUUAUACUCUUUGUUACAUGUUUGUAUCAGUAUUUAGUGGAAAUGUUUUGAGUUUUUUGGGUUAGAGUUUUUCUUUUUGUACCGUUUCUUUAAAACAGAGUUCUUAGGGGCAGUUCCUGAAUUCAGAUAAACCAUUUUGUAUGUUACCAAUUUGAAUGGGUUCACUAAUCAGAGGCUGACAUUAAUGCCUUUUUUAGUGUUUUUAAUUUUUAGAAUUUACUACAUAAAUUGUAGGUGAUCGUGGUCUCAACAACACUAGGAACUUUAAGUGUCUUAGCACUACUCCCACGGCCCGCCUCCAGCAGGGCCGCGGACAGCUGCACUCCAGGGCCACACCCAGCCCAACCCAACCCAACCCAGCGUGUUUAAAGCAGCCUUGCAGGGACCUGCUCUCAGCAGUGGGUAGAACGGGCCAGGAAUCCAGCAAGGAAUGUGCAUUUGCUUCAUUCCAUCCUGAGAAAUGAGGGAAAAGGGAAUUCUAAAGGAAAACAAUGAGGCCGAUAGUUUUGGGGCACAUUUGCAAGGCUGACUUAAGAGCACAAGGAGAUAAAGCUUCGAAAGGGCUGGACUACUGUAAAAGUUACACAUACGUAGUUAGAACAGUAGAUGUCUAGUCAGGUUUUUGUCAUGUAACUUAUUAACUAUUACACAAAUAAGAAUAUCAAGUAUUUCUCUGGCUCUUGACAGGAAAAACAAGUCAUAGUUGACUUAACCCUUUGCUGUCUAACCAGUUGGCAUUUCCUGUUCUGGGUGCUACUGCCAAAUGUUCUGGUACUUAGAGUUGGGAUGCACAACUUUAACCACCGACUUACAAUGCAGCAGCCUGCACAUGCAAUUGGCCAUUAGACGAAGCACUGAGCCACCUGGGUUUGAUUUAGUCAUUUCAGUACGUAUGGCUCGCACUGUAGUUCUGCUUAUCACAGCAUCGCAGAGGUACUCUUCUGUCCCCUCUGUUUGUAGUUCUCUGGCAAGAGUUUUAUAUAUAUGUAUGUAUGUAUUUUUUUUGGCUAUUGUUUGUGGUUUCUUUUGCAUUUUAUAUCUUGUAUUUAUCCCUAAACAUGUUUUGUACUUUUUUUUUUUGUAAGAAAAGAAAUUCUUUUGUGUAUAUAUAGAUACUUGCAUGAUAGGCGUAGUCGGUGUUUGGUUCCUCAGAAGGUCGUGCUGCUGUCAGGUGUUACACACUACAUCCAUCAUAACUGUAUUAAACACAUUUAAUAUGUAAAUAAACGUGGGACAUUUGGCCCCUGUGCUUCUGUGAGAGAGUUAUUGAUGGUGGGUCGCUGACAUCUUUGCGAAGUUAAGGAAGUGCUUAAUGGUUGGAACAGACUAAAGGAUACUGCCAAAUUCUUCUCCCUCGGCGGGAGAAUGGCAUGUUUAUUCUCAUUAAUAAUCAUCUGUUUGUCACUUCCUGCUUGACUCCAUCAGUACAGUCCACGGGUGUGACUAAGUAUUCCUCAACUUGAAGUUUGAUUGCUGUUACUCGUUACAGUUACAUUUGUAUUGCUCUAAGUUGUAAUCAGCACUUUCACAUGUUUCUGCAUUUGGACCUUGCAAUAAGCCUAUGUGGGGGCCGCAUGGGUCUGUGCGGCCUAGUUCUACAGUUGAGGAAGCUGAGCUUAGAUAAGUUCUUUGCCUAAGCCCUCGUAGCUGGUAAGUGGCUUUGCAUAUUAGAAUCCAAAUAUUUUGCUCUAAAUCUAGUGCUCGCUCUACGUGGUUAUGUACAUAUGGACAAAUAUUCAUUUAUUCAACAAAUAAAAGUAUGUGUAAAACAUGA